AUGGUCUUAGGCGGCCUGCUAUCAAAACAUGAGAAGGAGCCUAAGCGACCGAUUCUCCUCGAGCUAAGGUCUUCCAAAGUCUUCGUCAUAUUUGUGGUGGCUUUCGCGACAUUCACUGAUAUCCUGCUAUAUGGGCUUAUUGUUCCUGUGACCCCUACUGCAUUGCAUGAGAGAGUCGGUUUAUCAGAGGACGAUGAGCAAUCAUGGACCUCGAUCUUAUUAGCAUUGUACGGCGCCGCACUUUUGGCAGCUUCCCCUAUUUCCGGCUACUUAGCAGAUCGGAUAGAGUCUAGGCGCUGGCCUCUCCUGAUAGGGCUGGUCGCCUUGGGUGCUUCUACAGCGUUGCUCUGUGUAGGCACUACUCUCGGCCUCUGGAUUGCCGGACGUUUGUUCCAAGGAGUAUCUGCGGCUGUUGUUUGGACAGUCGGACUAGCCCUGCUAGUCGACACGAUAGAAAAAGAGGCCCUGGGGGAGGCGAUGGGAUAUGCGGCAAUGGGCAUCACACUCGGGACAAUGACAGGCCCCCUCCUUGGGGGUGUUUUAUAUGAGAAGGGAGGCUACUACGCUGUCUUCGGUCUUGCAUUCGGUAUAAUUGGCUUCGACAUAUUCCUACGACUCAUCUUGAUUGAGAAGAAAGAUGCCCUGAAGUGGCUUCAUACUGGGAAGUUUUUCACAGAACCAGUUGACAAUCCAACGCAAAAGCAACCUACGGAUGGGCGUGUACCUCUUCCUUGCAUGACGGAUGAGCGUGACAGUAACGGUCGCAACGAGCAUGAUGCAGCAUCGAGCUCGACACCGCGAGGCGACACAAUUGGGGAUGCAAACCAACAGAUGCCUCGCAAGAGACGUUUCGGCGCUGUUACCACUCUGUUGGCCUCAGACCGAAUGCUUGUCACGCUAUGGGCUUAUUUUAUUGUGGCUGUUGCGUUGACAUCUCUCGAUAGCGUCCUUCCUCUUUUCGUUCAGGAUACAUUCGGUUGGAAACAGACAGCCCAAGGACUCAUCUUCAUUCCAGUGUCGGUGCCUCAUCUUCUGGAUCCGUUCUUCGGGUACAUCAACGACAGGUUUCCCCAAGCUAGGCGCUUUGUAGUUGGUGGAGCAUUGCUCAUCACAGUCCCAUUGUUCGUGCUUCUCCGACUUGUCACAACGAAUUCUAUGAACCAAAAAGUGGUGCUUUGUGUGCUGUUAGCUCUGAUAGGGCUCUGCCUAGCCUUCCUGAUUCCUCCGCUCUUUGUUGAGGCAUCGUACGUUGUUCAGGAGAAAGAAGCAGAGUCACCCGGAGUCUUCGGCAAAGGAGGCGCAAUGGCACUUGCGUACGGUAUCCUCAAUUCCGCUUUUGCAGCUGGGUCCAUGGUCGGUCCAUUCCUGGCUGGGUUCAUCCGAGAAAGCGCUGGCUGGAGCACGAUGUCCUGGGUCAUAGGCCUGCUGAUGGGCGUGUCUGCUAUUCCUAUAUUGCUUUUUCUGGGAGGCCCUAUAUGGAAACCUACGGAACGGCAUGCUGAGAGUCAGUCUGCUGAAGCAGCUGGAUAG